UGAAGAAGUAUGUCAUGGAGUCGCGUCCAUCUCACGUCUUGACCAGACCCACGUUGAACAUGGGUACAGACGAGGAGCAUCGCAGGCUCCUACCUUUCUCUGCGACUCCGAAGAAGGUCUCGAAGGACUCUUGCCCGGAGAUCUCUUCUCGCCGACACGGCACGACAACGCUCAGGUCACGGUUGCGCUUCUGGCUUCCAAUCGUUCUUGCAACUGCUCUCUGUGCCGCUACCUGGUGCUACAAUAGAUGCAACCCCCAGGAGGAUGUUUUGCCCAUUGAACACCACUCUUCUGGCACCGAAAGGCCCAACUUGAGUUCCCAGUGGACCGAUGAGGUUGCAUACGAUAAUUACAGCUUGAUCCUUCGAGGUCAAAGGAUAUUCUUGCACUCCGGAGAGUUCCACCCCUGGCGCCUUCCGGUGCCCGACCUCUGGCCCGACAUCCUCGAGAAGGCGAAAGCCGCAGGAUUGAAUGCCGUGAGCAUCUACACACACAUGGGCUUGCAGAACCCUGCGCCCGGCGUCGUUGACUUCGACGGGUAUCGCGCCCUCAAACCGUUCUUCGAGGCUUGCAAGGCCGCUGGUCUGUGGGUCGUUAUCCGACCAGGACCCUACAUCAAUGCGGAGACGACUGCCGGUGGCAUCGCUCACUGGGCUACGAGUGAAGUCGCUGGAAAGCUACGGACGAACGCGACCGACUGGCGUGCGGCGUACCAGGACUACAUGCAGGCAAUCAUCGCUGAAACUGCCCCGUACCAAAUUACCGAGGGCGGUCCGGUUAUCGCGAUCCAGAUAGACAAUGAAUACGAUCAGCACGUUCCCGAGCAGGCGGAGUACUUCCAGGACCUCAUCGACUUGCUGCAUGAUUCGCCCAUCGUCGUACCCAUCACGUACAAUGACCCAAAUCAGGGCGAGAACUUCAUCAAUGGGACGGGCGCGGUAGACUUGUACGGGUUGGACUCGUACCCUGCUCGCUUCGACUGCUCGAAUCCAACGGUUUGGAACAAUGUGACGACGAAUUACCAUUCGUAUCAUGAAAGGGUAAAUCCGUGGCAGCCCUUCUACUGUCCUGAGUUCCAGGGUGGCGCCUUCGACCCUUGGGGUCCCAAUGCUCCUGGUUACGAGAAAUGCCACCAACUGACAGGCCCCGACUUUCAGUCUGUCUUCAACUUGAACCUCUGGGCGCAGAACUUCAAGCUGAUCAAUUACUACAUGCUCUAUGGUGGCACGUCCUGGGGUGCUCUUCCAUUCGGCGCGGUUUACACGUCCUACGACUACGGCGCUCCUAUCGCCGAAAACCGCAUGCUAACGUCGAAGUACGACGAGCUGAAGCGGCAGGCGAUGUUCCUUCGUAGCACGCCCGAUUUCUACAAAACAGACUGGGUAGCAGACUCCGGCACGGGGCUUGCGGUGACGAGCAACUCGACGGUGUACGCGACGUUGUUGGAGGAUCCGGAUAGUCAUGCAAGGUACUAUGUGCUGAGGCAUAAUGAUUCAACGACGACCGCCGUCACAGACUUCACCCUCGCUAUUCAGACCUCAGGCGGUAGCCUCAAGCUGCCCCUCGUCGCCUCUGCCGUCACUCUCGGCGGCCGCCAGUCCAAGCUCGUCGUUACCGACUACGCAUUCGGUGACUCAAAGGUCCUAUACUCGACCGCACGGGUUUUCUUCGCUGGCAAGAUCGACGGGCGCGACGUCCUCUUCCUCCACGGCGACGCAGCGCAGGAACACGAGCUUGCGCUGCAGCUUACCGGCACGCCAAACAAGAUGCAUGCGGAGGCGUCUUCGUUGAUCGUUUGGACGCCGCUUGCCUCGCUCCCCCACGUCGGCGACGAGGGUGCCACAGGCUCAGAUGCAACGGCCACCUCAGCCACCACCAUCAUCACCUUCCUCCGCGGCAUCUCCGGCCUCAUCACCGUCUACGACUCCGACACACAGCUCGUCCUCUUCGCCGAUUCGCCCACCGCUGCGACAUUCUGGGUCCCCACGCUCGCUGGCCCCAAGGACGACCCCUUCCGCCACUUCUGGUCGUUCGGGACGAAUGACACGGUACUCGUCGGCGGGCCGUACUUGGUUCGGGAGGCGACGUUGGAGAGCGGGACGCUGGCAUUGCGAGGCGACUUGAAGGAGAGCGCGUUCCUGACGGUGAUAGGGCCGAAGGAUGUGGUGGAGGUGACGUGGAAUGGAGAGGUGGUGGAGAGUGUGAAGGAGGUCGACGAGGUGGAGGGAGAGGAAGAGAGCCGGUGGACGUUCGUCGGAUGCCUUGAGAUGAAGCUGCGCGCAAGCGAUAUCUCGGUGCCGGUUCUGGAGGGUUGGAAGUACAAGGAUAGUCUGCCGGAGGUUCAAAACACGUUCGACGAUAGCAAGUGGACACUCGCGGAUCACACGGAGACGAAUAUUCCGUUCAAGAUGCGGUAUGGGGACGGGAGGGUGCUGUAUGGGUGUGAUUAUGGCUUCUGCGAGAACAUCGUGCUCUGGAGGGGGCACUUCACCCCUGAAGACACGCACAAUCUCAGCAUGAACUUGACGAUAAACGGCGGUGAAGCCUACGCGGCAUCAGUCUGGCUGAAUGAUAUCUUCUUGAAGACGUCUUAUGGGAACUCGUCCAACAACAAUAAUGUCGUCGAUGAGACUGAUUUGGUCUACGAGCUGCCCGAGGACGUUCUCCGUGCAGGUGAAGACAACGUCAUUACAGUCGUCCAGGAUAACAUGGGUCUUGACGAGACCGGCGAGAAUCCGGAGACGGGUGAAGAGGAUCCGAACCUUUCCAAGGGACCCCGUGGUAUCAGAGGAUUCGGCCUAUCCUCUGGGAAAUUCGGCGAUUGGAAAGUCCAGGGCAAGGUCGGCGGGUAUAACGACUACCCGGACAAGGUUCGGGGGAUCAUGAACGAAGGAGGGCUGUACGGCGAGCGGGUAGGGUGGCACCUUCCUGGCUUCGAUACGUCCAGCUGGACGGAGCGUGAGCUCUCCGCGGGCUUGCCGAACGAUGUCGCGGGCGUUGGAUUCUUCGUGACCACCUUCGACCUCGACCUGCCUGAGGGUUACGACAUACCCCUAUCCUUUGAGUUCGAGGAGCCUCUCGGCUUGCCGUACCGCGCCUACCUCUUCGUGAAUGGGUGGAUGAUGGGCAAGCGUGUUGGGAAUCUCGGUCCGCAGGCCAAGUUCCCAGUACACGAAGGGAUCCUCGAUUAUCGUGGCUCGAACACCGUGGCUGUGGCGCUCUGGGCGAUGGAAAAUGAGACUAUGGGCCCGAAGUUGAACUUGGUCGUCGACGGGUAUGUUGAGGGCGGCGUUGGCAAGGUGGGAACGAACAAUCCAGCGUGGUCACCGCAAGGGAGGGAGGCAGCUGUGGCCUGAGAUUUCUCGAAUGUACUCGUAUGCGAUCGAAAUUUGAUGCAGUUCUCUUGUUCCGUUCGUCCA